GAAGACCCAUAAUCCAAGCGACUUCAAAGUUUACCUAGCGACCGACAAAGAAGGGCGUAUCAGACCAUAUAUCACCGAGUACUCGUAUAUCUUCGCCGAGCCUCCAAGACAUGCCCAGCGACAGCUGCUUAGAGAAAAAUUAUCAAGGAAGGAUAGACUAUGCUCGAGGACCUACUCCUACGUGCCCGAUCACAUACAGAACCGACCCCUCAUUACUUCGGACGUCUAAAUACUCGAGAGAUAUGGCUAGGCCUAAAAGAAGUCAUCGGAGCUGUAUAUUGUGUGCUGAAAUCACUUUGAUAGCUGUUGCUAUUAUGCCUACUCGGGUGAUGUAUUGUUUCGAUUAUCACCACAGCCGGUCGGCUAUGAACAACCCACCUCAACCCGUCACGGACUCGCCUCUCGUCUCAGUACUUCUCUCUGAGCCAUCAACUACCACCUUCCUCGUGUGUAUACUUGGGUAUUGCGCGGCCAUCGGAUUGCACUACUAUUGCAGCCCCAGCACAAGGUACCAAGAUCCAAUUCUAGUCGCUAGCGCGGCCAUGGGUAUUAUUAUUGGAAUUGUAAGCAGCUUGGAUCUGCAAGGAAUUAUAUUUCGAGUCCUUCCGACUUCCAUACUAACCGCAUCGCUUAUCCAUUCUUACGCUUCGCGUUUCGGUCUUCGCUAGUGCGUUCCCUCUCUCCCCUUCACCUGUUAUGACUUGAACGAAUCCCAGUACAGAUACCUAGGUAGACGAUACAAUUUGUUAGGAGGUUGGCGUGUUUUAUUAUUUUGUCAUACAUUAGAAUCAUAUUGGGAAACUUAGAAUAUCUCGGUACAAUAGUUA